CACCUCUUUUCUUACCCUCUACAUUAAGCCAACCACAACACACCAAACCCCUUUACCUUAACCUUAACAUUCCCACACACACAUAUAUAAAUCUUCAAAUUCACAAUUUCAGCUACCUCCCCUCCAAAACACACUUCAAUACCAUAAUUAACAUCCUUCACCAUUCAAUUUCACUCCCUUUUCAUCUCAACUCUUCUGCCACGCAUCUGCUCAGAAGAGAAACCCAAUCAAAAGGAUAAUUUUUCGAGAUACUCAUAUCUAUUUACAUGGAGUGGACUAGAGGUCACACCUUGGGCCGGGGCUCCACUGCCGCUGUUUAUAUGGCGGAGUCCCGGCAGUCCGGCCAAGUGUUCGCCGUGAAGUCAGCGGAGCUCCACCGGUCGGAAUUUCUCAAAAGGGAAGAGAGGAUUCUUUCCAUGUUGAAAUGUCCUCAAAUUGUGGCGUACCAAGGUUGUGACGUCACGUUGGAGAACGGUGUGCGCUGGUUCAACGUGUUCAUGGAGUACGCGCCUCAUGGGACGCUGGCGGAGCGCGGUGGUUGCAUGGAAGAAGCGGUGGUGGGGUUUUACACGCGCCAAAUUCUACAGGGGCUGAACUACCUCCACGAGAAUGGGAUAGUGCAUUGCGACUUGAAAGGGCAGAACGUGCUGGUGACGGAGAAAGGGGUGAAAAUUGCGGACCUUGGUUGCGCCCGGAGGGUGGGGGAGGAGUUUGUGAUCGCCGGCACGCCGGCGUUCAUGGCGCCGGAGGUGGCGCGUGGGGAGCAGCAGGGGUUCCCUGCUGACGUGUGGGCUCUGGGGUGCACGGUGUUGGAGAUGAUCACCGGGAAGGCGCCGUGGCACGGCGGCGGAGACCCUGCGGCGGUGGUUUAUAGGAUCGGAUUCUCCGGCGAGGUGCCGGAGAUUCCUAGUUUUAUGUCGGAACAGGGGAGGGACUUUUUGGGGAAGUGUUUGAAGAGGGAGGCUAGUGAGAGGUGGUCGGUGGAGGAGCUUCUUGGACACGGUUUUGUUAAGGAGUGCACGGAAUUGAAUUUGUUGUUGUUGGAUUCGGACACUCCCACAUGUGUGUUGGAACGAGGGUUUUGGGACUCGUUGGAGACAACUCAUCAUGGUGCACGUGAAUGUCCCUCUCCUAGGGACAGAAUUCGUAGGUUAUUUUCGGAUGAGCCUGUUUGGGAUGAUGGGGAUGAAUGGGUCACGGUGAGAAGCAAUGAGGUCCCUUUGGAGGGGUUGUCCCUUUCCAAAACGGACACUUUUUCCUACAUGGUUUGUGAUGAGACUGGUUUGGUGACUUUUUGUGAACCUAACAUUGUAGUUGCAACUGUUAUUGAAUUGAGUAGAUGGAAUUGGAAUGCUAUUAGUGAAGAUGAUUGUUAUCUUAGAGGCACCUACUGUGUCUGUCGCAGCAGGGAAUCAUUAUCAGUUUUUGUAUGUCUAGUGAUUGUUUCCUAUCAAAUAUUUGAUUCUCAUAAGAUGAGAAUUUUUAUCAUCCGUUGCUUUCUGCUCCUUCUUUCUCUCUUUAAUUUCACUUUGGAUCAAUUUAACACUUUUCCUUUUCAUUAUUACCAUAAUAUAAUAUGGGACAAUGUGUGUGUGCGACAUAAUGAGUUAACUGUGCCAAAUUUAAUCCCAUCCAUAAGGACCAUAACUAAUAGCUUGCGCCUGGCUUUGUGA